AUGGUUGAAUAUUGGAAUUGGGCCAAAACAUUUCGUUGUCGUCCCCUUCUAUAUGUUGAACCAACAUCAAUUGAUUCUCUCCGAAUUUCAUUAAAAGAAAUAAAUAAGACGAAAUCGAAAAUUCGUAUUAUUGGUUGUGCGCAUUCUCCAUCUGCACUUUCCAUGUCCAAUGAAGUUUUAAUAUCAAUGAAAAAUUUUAAUAGAAUUCUUGAAAUUGAUAAAGAAAAUCUUGUAAUUCAUUGUGAAAGUGGUGUACUUCUUAGUACACUCAAUGAAAUUCUUCCACAGUACAAUCUUUCAUUACCUGUUCAAGGUUCUGUCAGUACAUUGACUAUAGCUGGUGCUAUUUCUACAGCCACUCAUGGAUCAGGAAUUCAAUAUGGAACAUUAUCAUCGUAUGUUCGAUCGAUAACUUUAAUGAAACUAGAUGGAGAAUUAAAAGAAUUUCGUUUAGAAGAUGAUGAAGAUUUAUUUCGUUGUUUAACAUGUUGUUUAGGUACAUUUGGAAUAAUCAUAAGUGUUCGUUUACAAGUAUCUCGUCUUUUUUAUUUGGAAUUAAAUCAGCAUCCAUUAGAAUUUCGUAAAUUUUUAAACACAUUACCUGUUUAUUAUUCAUCAUCAGAUCAUUUUCGUUAUAUGUGGUAUCCUCAUACAAAUUUUGGUAUUGCUUAUCAUUUAAAUCGAGUUCAGCCAAGAAUAAUUAAUAAUAAAAAUUCAUUUCUUUCAAAAUUUAUUUCUUGGUUUCGAUAUUCAUUAAUCGGUUAUCAUCUUUUGGAAGUAUUAUUUUUAUUUUCAUUAUAUUUUCCUCGUUUCAUUCGAUGUAUUAAUAAUAUUUAUUUUAAACUCGAUGGAAGAUCCUGUCAUAAAAUUGAUCGUUGUGACAAAUUAUUUAAUUUUGAUUGCCUAUUCUAUCAAUAUGCAAAUGAAUGGGCAAUACCAUUAGAUCAAGCUGUUUCAUGUCUCCUGCAAUUAGAAAAAUUAAUGGAACAAAAUAAUUAUGUUCAUUUUCCAAUUGAAAUACGUUUUAGUAAAGAUGAAGAUUUAUCAUAUUUAUCACCGGCUUAUAAACGUAAAACAUGUUGGAUAAAUACGGUUGCUUAUCGACCAUUCGGGAAAAAUCAUUUAGAACAUCAAACUUAUUUUAAAGCGUUUGAAUCUAUUUGUUAUAAACAUAAUGGAAGACCGCAUUGGGCCAAAGAACAUCCAUUAACGAAUGAAGAUUUCUCAAAACUUUAUCCACAGUGGAAUUUAUUCCAUCAAAAACGAAAAGAAUUUGACCCGAAUGAUCUUUUUCUAAAUGAUUGUCUUCGAAAUAUGUUUUCAUAA